GUCAAGAAAAACAAAAUGGCUGAAGAAGGAGACCACGAGCCUGUGACAGAAAAUCCCGAGGAAUCAGAAGAAAAAAUCGAAUAUCCUCUAAUAGUUCAAUACUGUGGGGGUAAAAAAUUUUUCGCAUGUUGCAUAUAAUUCAAACGUAUUUAACACUAAAAUACUUUUGCUGUUUUUUGUUUUGUUAAUUUGCCACUGAUCGUGGACUGGUUCGAUGAUUGUCUCCUCAUCCAGUUUGUAGCCUGCCCCUUGAGGUAAGGUUUUAUGAGGAUGCUGUUUUCUUAGUUUCCUUAAUCAGUUACUUUCUCUAGAUCUGUAUGUAAUGUUCCUUUUUUUAAAGUUGGUAUCUUGGUGCUACAAAUACACUUCACACUGAUGAUGGCGCAAUUUAAAAUUCACCUCAGUGUUGAGCAUGUCGAGACUAUUGCAAUUUCAACUAUGAGAAGUCUAUUAGGAUGGUUGAAAUGACUUUAAUACUCACCCCUAUAGUAUGUAUUAUGUUACAAGUCAAAUUUGAUUUCAGGUAAAUUUUGAUUUAACCUAGGUUGAUUCUAAAUUUCCAAUGUCUCCCAGCCAUAUGAGACAAAGGAAAUUGAGAAUCAACCUAGGUAAAACAAAAUCACCUGAAAUCAAUAAGAAUAUUGUGAAUUAUAAGGAACCUCACUUUAAUCUUCAUGAUGAGAAAAAGGUUUGGGAAAAGGGUGUUGCUCCUUAGCAACCACAGUAAUGAAAUAUUGGCGACAGUUUAUCCCUUUUGUUUUAAACAUCCAAGUAGUAUUUGUGAGAUUUCCAAACAUUUUUACUCAUCACACUGACACUAGAGUCAUAUUUUUCUCUGUUAGUACUGUGAGUACACUGCAGAAUAUGAGAAGUGUAAGGAAUGGCUCAAGUCAAAUAUCCCUGAUGCUUAUAAAGUCCUUAUAAACCAAGGUAAUUUAUUGAACACACUUCUGUUUAAUUUGUUUUGAAAUUUCCCCUGACAUAGUAAUCAUACUUGGGAAGAUUGGAGAGCACUCAAGAAGCACUUCUUGAGUGCUCUCCAAACUUCCGAAGUGUUAUGGAUGCACGUGGGAAAUUUGGAGAGCACAAGAGAAGCGUAAGAGUUGCUCGCAGAGUAAUAACUCGAUACUUGUGCAGUUAAUAGCCUGAACCAAUUCUUCCAUAACAAAGCUAACAAAAGCACUUGGAAAAAGUGUAACAAAAUGCAAAAUGCAAUGCAAAAUUCUUGUAACACGCAGCACAAAUGCUUCUAUUGGUUGGUUACAAACACGCCACAAUCGUCUAUUUGGAAGAAAAAUGUUUUUCUAAAACUGAGUGUGAAAAUUUGCUUUGUUAAGGUCAAUGGAAACUAAGCAGAAACAAAGGUAAAACAGUCUUUAAGUCCACCUAAAAUUAAAAUACUCAAAUGUUCAUAAGAAAGCGUGGAGUAUGGUUUGGAUCCGUUGAAACGAUUUUUAUGUUUUACUUGGUGAAAUCCAGGAAACUUGUUGUUUAGCGGAAACAACUUUCAUCCUUUGUUAUAUUUUAUUCAUUUGCGAACAAUGGAGGAAGUCUUACUUGUACUGUUCAUUAAGGCUUCUUGAGAGGACUGGGCUGCAAUUGUUUUUGUGAGUAAUAAAAUAAUAUUAUUUAUGUCUUUUUGUGUAAUUUGUCUUGUUAUUGUAGGGGAGAUUUUCCUGCCUUGGAUUGUUUGGUUAUAACAAAAGUGCAUAAUUUUUUUGCUAUUACUUUAUAAUUAACUUGUUUUCAAAAGGCUAAACAAACGUUAAAAACGGAGGCUGAGCACUUUAUACAAAUCGGAUAUCCUCGACACAGACCAAUUUGUGGUCUUUUUCCAGCUGGAUGUCAGUCUUAAUGCGAGACUUUUCAAUGACUUGAGGGCUCUGACUACAUGUAAUUUGCGAAACAUCUUCACCACUUUUGUUGUUGGUUUAAUUGAGUGACUAGAAGCUGAAUUCCAAAAAUGCUAGAAAGUUGUUCCUCACAUGUCAUCAAAUUUACGGAUGGGCGGGUAUAAAUAAAGGUUUUUUUCAUUGCGACUCAAUAGUACUUAAUAAAGGGCAAGCAUGCGCGCAAUGUUUAAAUGUCUUUUGUUAAUGUUAGCUGCUGAACAGUUAGCUGAAGUGGAUGUCAGUGAAGGUGCAGCAAAAAAGAAGCAGACAAGAGGUAAUUUUAACAGUUGAACCUCCGUGUGCGACCACCUCCCGUAAGCAACCAGCUCCCAUAAGGGCCACUUAUCAAAAAUACCAAAAUUUCCCCAGUCAAAGCCUUAUUGUUAGAACCUCUCAAGAAUGGCCACCUCUCAUAAGCAACUGCACCCACUUUUUGGCCUGACAGUUUUGUAGUUUUCCAUUGUUUUUAACCUCUUUUAAUCGACCACUUGAUGCAUGGUGUGCUCUCUUUGUUUACUGUAGGUACUACAAAGAACUUUCAGUAACAAAAUGGAACUACGCUUAUACAUAACUUAGAAAUUGAAUGCAUUUAAUUCUCUGCCACAAAGUUGAUGUGUUAGGACAUUUUCUUGGAAGGGAUCCCCUGUGGUUUGAUUCUCAUGAGCCACUACAUGUACCUCCCAUAAGCAACCAUAAAAUUGUCCCAGUUUUGAUGGUCAUUUACGGAAGGUUUGAAUGCACUUUCUUAUCUCCAGUGCCUCAUUAUGAUAUAUGAGGUAGUAUUAGUUGGUAAGAACUUUUUAGACCAUAGACCAACCCCAUACUGUACUUAUUCAAAUGAAAAAUAUGUGGCAGCACUUUGUUGUUGCUUAUGGCUGUCUUGGAAGUGAAUAAGGUGUUUAUAACCCUCUUAAUAAGAAUUUAAUGAUUAAAAGAAAAGUAAGAAGAUUCGAUUCCCUGAUUUCAUUGAUAAGGUCCAAAGUUACCCUGUUUCAAAAGUAGCUCAGUUGCUAGAGUGCUUGUCUGCAAAACAUGAAGUUGAAGCUGGUUCAAUUUUUGGGAUAUAACCAACACUUGCAUGUAUACUUAUUUUCUCAAAAGAAGUGACAAAGAAUUACUACAUUUCCCCUGCAAAUGGCCAGACCUUUGGGUAGUUCAGAUGAUGUAUAAAUGGCAGGCUGUGUCAGUAAGAGACAUACAGUCAUGUAGGAGUCGGUGUCCUUAAUAUUGUACUUGCAUGAUAAUUACGUUCAUGUGACCUUUAAAUAAAGUAGGUUUCUGAUGAAGAAAGCCCUCAUAACUGUAAGUCAAAUAAUGUGGUAUGCAUAAUUUGUUAGACAGUACUGUGUGUAAACACAUACUUGUUUCAUGUUUCCUGCUUUAUUCCUAGGUGGAAAGGGAGUUGUGAGAGCUCCUAAGAAAAAGGUAAUUUAAUAAGGCCCCCUAAAUUAUUAAAUAUUGUUUGUAACAGUCUUAAGCUUAGUAUAUUUUCUAAAUUUCAAUAGACUACUCAUUGGGUGGUGUGUAGUAGACCAGGUGACUUGUCCCUAGUCAUCCCUAUAUUUUGGAUGCAGGAAUCACACAAGGGGGGCAGUACAUGAGAAUCUUGAAUAUUAAUAGGAGACUUAGAGAUAAUUGGGGACAGGUCAGGUGGACAGGUCCAAUGCAUUUUCAUGUUUAAUUUUAGAGGUCACAUGAGGGUUGGCAGAGUCGCCACUGUGCUUUUUUUUGGGGGGAGGGGUGGGGGUUGGGUAGCAGCAUGCAUAGCGUCUUACCCCCAGUACUGACCUCUUUUUUUGGCUGCUUUACACUUAUGAGCCCGUAGCUGCAUUACCAUUGAGCAGCAGGUGACCUUUUCUUAUGUCUGUGAAAAUAUUUUGUGGGUACAAUGAACCAGGGUUGCCUUUCUGAUACAUUGUCAACUUGGAACAUCCUGCAUCAACAGACACUUUUGCAUCCUGGAUGUUGCAGAAAUAGAAUCUUUUAUAUGCUGCCUGUUCAGCUGUGUCAUGGAAGGACACGAUGCAACUUGGCUAUUAAUAGCAAUUAAUGCACCUUUUCACUCGUGAUUUGUUUAUGUUGACUUUGUCGUUGUUCUUAAUUAAGAAUGUGACCAAGAAAGUUGUACUUUCAAGAGCGCAAAGAAACAAAAAAAAGUAUGUGACUGUUGUGACUGGAUUAGGUACAUUUGGUAAGUGAAAAUUGUAUUAACUUGUUUGGUUGUUUUUAAAAGCACACUGGAUGGAGUUGCUACUUGUUGCUGGAUGAGGAAAUGUUGUGUUCAACAUUUUCUUGAUCCUCUACUAACCAUUUUUAAAAAAAUUAUACAGGCCUUGACUCUUAUCAUCAAGUUAAUGGCUUUUGCCUGGUCUUGGCUGCCACUGUAAGGUUUUUUUACACACAAACAUUAUGCUGUCCCACUACUAAAAAAUUUAUCUCCACCCUGGGGUAUGAUUAGGUAGUUUUAACAGAAGCUGGAAGUAGAUUUUAUAAUUAUUGCCCUGUAAAUUAAUAAUUAUGAUGAACUGAAAUUUCAACCAAGAUUGGUAAUAUCUGUGUAGUAACUUCAUGUACACCUGCUUUGUGUUCCCUUUGUCUUAGCAUAUUUUUAAAUAUUUUUUAGUUACAUGUACAGGUAAGAUAAUGGUGUCGUAAAAACUUUUAUCCUAAGGGAAUUUGUUAAAACUAAUUUGAGGGAGUAUUUGCCCCUGGAAAAUUUUCAUAAUUAUACUUCCAUAUUUGCCACUUAUUAGUCGGAUAUAUAUGUAGCUCCCAAUACAUUAAUGACUCUGUCAUUUUAAUGAGUAGUCAGUUUAUCAAUCAACCCUUUUUUAGUUAUCCAGGGAUUCACAAAGUAACUCAAUAAAUUAGUAAACCUGUGAGUGAGAAACGUAACUCAUCAAGAAACAUUUGCAUCUUAAAGGUUCUAAGCAGUUAUGUGCAAACGUUUUUUAGAUAUUGACUGCAAGAAGGCUGCCAAGGCCUUUGCUCAAAAAUACUCCUGUGGAUCAUCAGUGACAGGCCCUGAUGAAAUUGUCAUCCAGGGAGAUGUCUUAGACGAUCUUCUGGAUUUUAUUCCUGAAAAGUGGCCAGAGGUGACUAUUUUUAUCCAUUAUUCAUUCUUAUUUGCCCUAUCUUUUCACAAACAAUUAUUUGUGUUGUAACAGCAAAACAGUGUAAAGAAAUUUCUCUCAAUAUUGCUUUCAAGAGAAGAAAAUUUAAGAAGCCUUCAAAUGAAAGCUCCCAGGUAGAUUGGGGCAGGGAAAUGUGAAGGAUGCAUUCAAUAAUUGAUGAAGUAAAAAAUCCUGGGGGGUUUCCCCAUAAAGGCUUAUACAGGGAGGAUCUGCCUGAAGGGGGUACCUUUUUCAGGCUAAAGGGUAAGGAUUCACAAGUUGAAGUAUAUGAAAGGGGAGGAUAAUCGUUUAAGUAUUUAAAAGGUCUUUUAUUUAAAAUGCUUCAAAAAGAUGUGCCUUGCUAUAAUUAUCAUUCUAAUUUAUUAAAAUAAUGGUACACGAAAAUGACAGAGGGAGUUGCUGUUGUAGGCAUUUAUUCUUAUUCUUAGGUAUGUUAAAGGGGUACCAUUUUUCAGUGGAAGGCAUACAAAUAAUAUUAAAAGGGGUACCCUUCUGCGAAAAAUGGUGCAUAAAAGGGGGAAUGGUUGGACCUCUGGGCGAAGCCUUCCUGUAUAGAACUUUGGUUGAGUAACCCCUUUUCUAUUGUUUUAUAUCAAGCUUUACAAUUUGCAGUUUUCUGGUUAUAAUAUUUGUUAAAACACUUGCCUUACACUGUUAAAAAAAUAUUUUGAUGUUUUUUUGUAACUUUAGAUCGAUGAUGACAGCAUAGAAGAUCUCGGAGACCAGAAAAGAUAAUACAGAAUUUCACUGAAAAACCUUUGUGUAAUAAAUGUAUUUGUAUUGUAAACAAGGCAUUAAUAAAUCGGAGUCAAACUUUCUAU